AUGACUUGCGGCGGUGAUGGUGACAGGCGACGAUCGUUGGACCUCCACUUCCUUUCCGCAGCGUCCAUCGACCUCCUUUCACCUCCACAUGACACCAUCGACUUCUGCUGCAUUGAUCUACCUCCACAAUAUCCCGCCCGGCCUGCUCACGAUACGACUCGAUCUUACUCGAUCUCCACAUCACCUCGCGAUCUCCCCAACUUUUGGGACUCCAUGAAUCAGAACAAGCAUGGCAAGGCGCCAUACAAGAGCCAGAAAAUCCUAUCGCUAUGGCACUACCUGCACACCACGAAUCGACCUCUGCAACACGGAAAAAGUCUGCUCUUCCUACCCUCGACUUCGGUUCCGCCAGGAUUGCAUAUAUGGCGACGACGAGACACCUCCGCGGCUUCUUUGGCUUAUGGAUACUUUCCCGGAGGGUGUCGUAUGGUGAAGUCCGGCCAGCUUCUACAUGCACCAUACCAAAUCACAUCGAAGCAGCGACGCGUUCUUGACAGCGCAGCGGAUCCAGCACUAACACGACGGAACGGGCAGCUGGGUUGCAUUCUGACAGAAUCAUGCUUGUCACAAUCUUCUCCCUGCCAUUCCACGCCGUAUGCAGCAUCGCACGGCACAAUAGCAGCCUUCUGCUCCAAGAACACACCAAGACAGCAGGUCGCCUACUGCUAUCGCCUUCCUUACAAUCUGGCUCGCCAGCCUUCGCAAGACUGUCUUCAGGCUGGACGCUCGCUGCCUGCAGCAGCAGCGACUGCAUUUGGAGACGCCCUGGCCCUUGGCCUUUUGUUGUCCCACCGCCGCAAUGACCUCCUCCUUGCCGUUCACCAACGCGAAGUCACGACUUUGAACUACCGCCAGGAUGGUCUACCAAUUUGCUGA